GCUAUUUCCAUAACAAUGUCGAAAGCAGGCCCGCACCUGUCAGAUUGCUUCAUGGUUUUUGGUUGUGCGGUGGGAGAAGACAUUCGACGUGAUUGUGCAUAUAGAAUACGGUCCUUCUGACUGGUAUUGUCAGGAGGGAUGGGAUUGACAGUAAUUGCAGACUGCCAUUCCCUGAACCCGUGAAAGAUGGCGCACAGGAACGAUAUCGACCAUGGGUACGCAUGGGUGGCCCUAGGCGCAGCACUCAGCAUUCAGCUUAUGGUGGCUUUCGUUGUGUUUUCAUCAGGAGUCAUUAACAUCGCCAUCAUGGAAGAGGUGGAGAAUGACAUCACAAAAACGUCAUGGAUUGGAUCAUGUCAGAGUGGCACAUUCACGCUUUUAGGUCCUGUGUCUGGUAUCAUUCAACAUCGUGUUGGUUCCAAAUUGACAACAUUUGGUGGUGCAAUUCUGGUGUUACUAGGCAUGACUAUCGCUUCGUUUUGUCGGACAGUAACAGGGCUGUUGGUUACAUACGGAUUUAUUUCAGGCUUUGGAUUAUCCCUUUGUGGAAACGUGGUGGGCGUGGUCCCUGGUCACUACUUCGAGAAGAGGAGGCCAGCAGCCUAUGGCGUAUGCAUGGCAGGAGGUGCUCUGGGGCUGUUCAUAGCAGGUCCACUCACAAGAUACCUUCUUGACCAAUAUAAUCUGCAUGGAACUUUGUUGAUAAUGGGGGCCAUUUCUUUCCAUAUGUCAAUUGCGGCAUCCUUACUGCGAAAACCACCAAUACCUUCCAACGAAUCUUUCAUAGUUGUCCACAAAGACGAAGAUGAUGUAUCAGCCAAAGAAGCAUCCAUUCAAGACUCCGAUGAAAUGUUUCCGAGAAGUGAUACGACACUUGCUGGUACAAACCCUACGAAAGAUACCAACACAGAUCAAACAACAAUCCCAUUUCUCUCAGAAGACAUCACACCUCGAACACAGACCAACGAGGAACCGAAAACCCAAUGUUAUAAUAUACGACUGUUGUUAAAAAUAAUGACAAAAAGGGAUUUUCUUAUGUACAACUUUGCAAUCUUGUUCUGGUCGCUAGGCGACGCGUCCUGUAUAUUCCAUCUUCCGAACUAUGCAGAAAUUAAAGGCAGCUCACCACGACAGGCAGCAAGUCUGUUAAGUGCAAUGGGAGCCGGUGGCAUCUUCACGAGGGUAGUCAUCGGUCUGAUGGCUUCCAGUCCCAGUACGGAAUACACGUUGCUUCAGUUCGGGAUUGUUGGUGUUACUGGACUCAUCACCAUCUUCUUUCCCCUGUUUUCCAGUACAUAUCACUGCCAGAUAGCGUUUGCAUUAUUGUAUGGCUUGUACAGCCAUGGAACAAAUUCAUUGAUGGGACCAUUAACUAUACAACUUACCAGUUUGUCUGACGUUGCUAUGAGUUUUGGAAUUGUGUAUUUCUCUUGUGGAAUUGGAUAUCUCUUGGGACCAGUCAUUGCAAGCUUCAUUUAUGACGUCACACAAGUGUAUGAUUACACGUUCGUGUUCGGAGGUGCAUGUUUCUUGCUAAGUUCUAUGUCGACGGCAGGAAUAAGUCUUUUCCAAACAACGGUGAUUCCAGACAGAACAUUAUCGAUAUAACGGGAUACUGUUUUGUGAAUGAACACAUAAGAAAACCUGCGAUUUCCAACAUCCUUCACCAUGCAAUACAGUGAUAGCACACAUCGAAUUGAGGCAUGUUGCAUGUCUACCGGAAAACCAGGAUAUGCUGAUUGUCUUGUGAACACCUGGUGUCAUCACUGAUGAUCUUGUCCUACAAUUGUCACCCUCAUUUUCAAGCUCGAUAGAAUCUGUUUCCUCAGGUAAUAGGGACUGAUGUUUGAAGGGACGUGGUGGUGUCCACGCCGUUACCUACUCGAUGUGAGUGAAUUUAGUUUUACGCCGCAUCAUUCCAGCAAGAUCACGACAGGGGAACACCAGAAACUAGCUUCCGAUAUUGCACCCGUCUGUUGAAUCGAACCCGGAUCUUCGGUGUGACGAGCGAACGCUUUAACCACUACGCUACUCCACCCUUCCCAAGUAUAUGUGAGGUGUACGAAACAAUAAUUGUAUAAAAUAUGCUGGUGUUUAAGUUAUCCGUCACUGACCACAAGUGACAUACUCCAUAUAGUAAUGCCCGAUUAACAGGGUUGGGACGAAGCUUAAUGUAUCCUCUAUGGUGGACCACGUGAGGUUUGU